CGAGGGGUUUAGACAAGUCGAAACUCUGCGCAUUGUGAAGUUUACUAGGUAUGUAGGAUCCACUCAUUGGUACGUGGCGGCUAUGGAGGUGGAUACCGCGGAAAGCAUUGUAACGAGAGUCGGUAUGCUAUAAGUACUCCCGUACUCCAAUUCAUCAAGUCUCCAUACGCGCUUCAUAUCUCACUCCUCUCUUCUCAAUCACAUUCAUCAAUAUGUCAUUUGAUACAGAGGUCCUCAUCAUUGGGGCCGGUAUGUCCGGCCUUGGUUUGGCUGUCCAGAUAAUCCGUCGAUUCGGUGUGAGCAAUUUCGAGCUCAUCGAGAAGAGUGAGGACGUCGGCGGGACAUGGCUGGCGAAUACGUAUCCUGGAUGCGGAUGUGACGUCGCAUCGCAUUUCUACUCCUACAGCUUCGCUUUGAACCCCGAUUGGAGCCGGAAGUACUCCAUGCGCCCAGAGAUUCAGGCCUAUUUCCGCUCCGUAGCAGAGCAAUACCGUAUUGUUGAGCAUGUCCGCUUCCACUCUAUCGUCGAGAAGGCAGAAUGGGAUGACGUGGCUAAAGUAUGGGCGGUCACUGUUGUGAACCUGGAGACUAAGGAGCGAACGAUACGAAGGGCAAAGAUCCUGGUCUCAGGCGUUGGUUCGUUAUCCGUACCAAAGACGUGUGACCUUCCGGGAACCAGCACUUUCACAGGCAAGAUGUUUCAUUCUGCGCAGUGGGAUCAUAGCUUUGAUUGGAAAGAUAAGGAUGUUGUGGUGCUGGGCAACGGCUGCUCUGCAACCCAAUUUGUCCCAAUCAUGGCAAAUGAACCGAACCCCGUGGCCAAGAUCACACAGUUCGCCCGACAGGCACAGUAUCUUUCCGAACGCCAGAACCCAUACUACUCCAAGACUUUCAAAGCCGUUAUGCGAUAUGUUCCCCUGGCGAUGCGUCUUUAUCGCGCCAGUUUCUAUUAUGGGAUGGAACGGGACUGGAGCGGCUUCGCGAUUGAGAGCGGUCGCACGAUCCGACAAGACCUGGCAAAAGAGAACGAGGAGUAUGUGAAGCGUGUCGCCCCACCCAAGUACUGGGACGCCUUGAUUCCAAAGAGUGAGAUUGGAUGUAAGCGAAAGGUUCUUGAUACUGAGUACUUAAAUACCCUGUGGAGGCAAAACGUCGAACUCGUGGCCGAUGACCCGGUAGAGAAGAUUACAGACACGGGCGUUGUGACAAGGUCAGGCAGGGAAGUAAACGCCGACGCGAUCGUACUGGCAAUCGGCUUCGCUACCCAACAGAUGCUAUGCCCAAUGGAGAUUGUCGGUCGUGAGGGGCUGAGCUUGAACAAAUACUGGGACACCGCCACGCAGGGCGUCGCACAAGCAUACUUUGGUACCGUGGUGCCAGAUUUUCCCAAUUUCUUCGUUAUGAUGGGACCGAACACAGUCACAGGCCAUUUGUCAGUCAUCUACACCGUCGAGUGUCAGAUUAACUUUACCCUCCGUCUGCUUUCGCCCGUCAUCAAGGCUCUCCCAUCCUACCGCUCGCGCUCUUUGAUCCCGCGCUUGCUCGCUCCAGCACCGGCGACUGUCGAAGUCAAACCCGAAGCAGCACUCGCCGACUCUCUUUGGACGCAGCGAGAGGCCAAGAAGUUGGUCUGGUCUUCCGGAUGUGUAAACUGGGCUAUUGACCCUGAGACCGGGAUGAACAACAUGAUGUAUCCUGACUGGCAGUUUUUGUUCUGGUUCAGGAGCGUUUUCUGGAAGAAGAAUGACUUUGUGUACCGAGACGAAGAAACGGGUAAGGAAGUCAUGCCAGGCCGUGGCAAGACGGUAGUCUGGCUACUCACUUUGGGAGCGCUUGCUGGGGGCGCAUUCAUAGGGCGAGAUUGGGUCGUUUGUGGGGAUUGGGGCUUCAUGAAGUUGUGAGUCAGUGAAAGUGAAGGUGACGAGCGGUGUAUUGCCGAAAACUCGCGAUGAUAAAGUAACGCAGCAGCCCUCUACGACAACAACUAUCCAGCUUCCUUAAUAGCUCAUCAUAAUGCCAUAUGGAUAUAGAAAAUCCCACCUUCGCAAGACUUUGCGGCACUGCGACGUAGUUUGUCCGAGCACAAUCACUUUCACUCUGGUGAACGUCUCUCGCCACCCUCAGAGCCGAAAAUGGU